UUGUAGACGGAGGAGGAUUCUUAAUGCUGGCUGCCUCUCACACUUCAAAUGGAUCUCUCGGUGUGCUCUAUUUACCGAUUCCACAUCUAUUCUCCUGCAUUGGUGUAGCCAGUAGCUGACAGCAUUGAUUGAGAUCAUCACCAUGCGUGGGCUUUUCUGGGCAGCGCUUCCGCUGUUCCUAAUGGCCGUCUGGAUCUGGGCAGCGAACCUCUCGCGCACCCAUCCUAUCCUCACGAACCAGCGGAUUGGGUUGCUCAUCGCGCAUCCCGACGACGAAGUCAUGUUCUUCGCGCCCACGCUGCUGGCAUUGACCGAUCCUGGCCUCGGAAACCACGUCCAGAUCCUCUGCAUGAGUAGCGGCGACGCGGACGGACAGGGCGCGACGCGGAAGAAAGAGCUCGUCGAAUCCGCCUUGGCCCUAGGCAUCCGGUCCAGCGACGACGUCCUGGUCGUCGACGAGCCCGAUUUCCCGGAUUCGAUGACCAUUGCAUGGAACCCGCACCUCCUCGCCCGCCGGCUGGGUACGGCGUUCGCGCCCAACAGGAGCACCUCGUCCUCGGGUUCCCUUCCGAAACCGCCCAUCGAUUCGCUCAUCACCUUCGACGCAGGCGGCGUCUCAUCACACCCGAAUCAUCGGGCUUGUCAUACCGGAGCGACGACGUUCAUCCACACCUCGAUGCGCGAGCGCGCCGGUUGGGGCUCACCGGUUGAGUUGUACACGUUGACCAGCGUCAACCUCUGGAGAAAGUACGUUAGCUUCGUGGAUGCGCCCUGGACCAUGCUCUUGGCCAUGAGGAGAGCGACCCACGAGUCGGGGUCGACACCGUCCUCAUUGGUCUUCAUGAGCGAUCCCGCCGAGUACUGGAGAGCGCGCCAGGCCAUGACACAGGCCCAUAAAAGCCAAAUGAGGUGGUUCCGAUAUGGGUGGAUCACGCUGUCCCGAUACAUGGUCGUGAAUGACCUGCGCAGAGAGAACGAAUAAUGAACCAUCCGUCCGGAAUUGUCCCCGUCACAAAUCGCUUGCGCGACAAUGUCGUCUACCUUGUUGGGAUAUUGGGAUCCUAUGAUCUGUCCUACAGCGCUAUUGCCUUGAGGAUCACGGACGUAUAUGGAAGAGCACGAGCAUCCGGUAGCCAACACAAUAGCGACACUCAACCGGGUCGCAAUGCGAUCGACAAGCGUAGUUCCUUGAUCGAUGCCUUGUGCGUUCGGGAAUCGACCAUGGUGUCGCAAACAAAAGCAAGAUGAGAUGGGAUUCCUAAACCAGCAAAUCGGCUGCCAGUGGCAGUUCGUGAUAGCGGCAUCUGAGCCCAGUAUCCACUCGUGCUGACUCGCACUCCAAUUCCCUUUUCCUAGAUGACGAUCACCAUCUGCGAAUUGCGAUUCUGCG